AUGAAGCCAGAUGCUUCUGGAGCUCACGUAGAAGAUGAAAAUGUGGCCAGCAACUUGAAUUUAGCGCAAAGACAACUUCAAACUGACUGGCGGUCGAUUUAUGUGACCAGUCUGUUGGCUUUUUGUGUCGCAGCUCAAUUCAGCUUGUACUUCAGUAGUUUAUGGCCGUUCCUUCAACUGGUAGGUUGUUUUUCCUUUUUUCUAAUCAAAUUUAGACAAAGUUUAAUUUGGUUUUGGAGAUUUGGUUAAGGGUUGGAACGUUUUGUAUGUUUCAUUGUUUUUUAACUAUUUUUAAAAAACUUCUUUGUAGAAUAGGAUAAGCAAAGGCUACAAUACGGUAAAUUAAGACUAGAGUAGAAUAAAUUAAGGCUAGAGCAGGGUAGGGUAAUUGAUAAAUUGAAGCUAGAGUGGAAUAAAGUAAGCAAAGCUAGGUUUGUGUAAGGUAGGUAAAGUAAGACUAAAACGGGGUAAAUUAAAGUUAGAUUGGGGUAAAGUAAGGCAGGGAUAGGGCCAAAUAAGGCUAAAAUAGAGUAAAGUAAGCAAAGUCAAGCUUGCGUACAAUAGAGUAAGGUAAAGAUGGACUGGGGUAGGGUAAUGCAAGCAAAGCUAGACUUGACUUUGGUGGAGUAAGGUAAAGUAAGGCUAAAGUAGAGUAAUUUAAAGCUAAGGUAAAAUAUAGUAAGGCUUAAGUAAGGUAACGUAAGGUUAAGGUACAAUUAGACAUGUUUAUGUACAUUAAAAUAACAUACAGUGACGUCUACUAUAUUUUCUUGAGGCUUUGAAAUAACAGUAAUCAAUACUGUUCUUAUAUCAAGCUUAGAGGGCAAAGCAAGGUAUGUUUAAAAGAACCUGAGAUGAUGAAGCGUAUUUUACAUAAUCCGUAACCUAAUAUGCCACUUUCAGUUAGACCCCACAAUAUCCGAAAACUUCUUCGGUUACGUGGUAGGAGCCUACAGUUUUGGCCAAAUCAUAGCAUCUCCUUUGGUUGGGUUUCUCAGCAAUAAAUUGGGUAAAAUUCGACUGCCAUUAUAUGCCAAUCUGUCGUGUAUGUUUAUUGGAAAUGCCAUCUACUUCAACUUGGAGAACUUUUCGACUGGUCGAAGGUAUUGGCUGUUAUUGGGAAGAUUGAUUACUGGUUUUGGAAGCAGUUCGAUUAGUUUACUAAAGGCUUAUACGACCACAGCUAGUGUUAAUCAAGAUCGGUCGAGAGCAUUGGCGUUUGUUACUGGUGGGGUGGCUCUUGGCAUGACUAUGGGACCAAGCAAGUAUUUAAAGUGUUAUUCAUGUGUAUUCAUUUGCAAGUAUAUACACUUAAAAUACGAUUGAUUUUGAUUUUUUUGUGAUUUUUACAUUAUUUUGGUCAAGAAACAUGCUUGUUGCAGAAUGCCAAAAUUUAAUUAAAAUUUGAAAUUUUUAAAAAUUUUUAUAGAAAUUUGCAAAAUGUACUGAAAUAGGUAUACAAUAUGUAAUAAAAAUUUUAAUUUUAGGUAACAAAAUUUUUUUUUGAAAAUUUAUAUUAAUUUAAAAUUUUUCAGCAUUCCAACUUCUGUUCAUACCCUUGGACUAUCCUGGCGUUACCUUUUUCAAUUUCAUCAAACUGAACAUGUAUACAGCUCCAGCCUACAUGGCUUGCUGUAUGAACAUGUUCUGUGCUUUAAUUACAAAAAGAUUUUUCGUCGAGAAUUAUGCUGGAAUAGCCACGAAUGAAGAUGGAGAGAAGGUUAGACUACCACCUUAUGAUAAGAAGGCAAUCGUCGUUUGUCAUAUGACAAGAUUCGCUCAGAUUUUGGUCAAUUCUAAUAUGGAAACGUAAGUUAUCUUUUUCUUUUGUUUUGGAUUUCCAGGAUGGGGUUAGGACCAGGACAUAGGCUAAGAUUAUAGAGGUAGGGAAAGGAUUAUGACUGGGGUUUAAACUAGAGUAAAAGAUAAAGCCAAGGCUAAGCAAGACCUAACAUAGAUCUGGGCUAGGGCUUUGGGCUAAAGCUCUGGGCUAGGGCUCUAGGCUAGGGUUUUGGGAUUGGUUUUAUAAAGGCUAUACGGUUAGUUUUAGAUUAGGAUCACCAUUAGUAAUGGCGAUGUUUGCUUGGUCUCGGCACGAUGCUGUUGAAUAUAUAGCUGCAGCUCAAGGAAUUAUGAGUUUUCUGGCGUUUCUAACAUAUUUGGCAUUUAUCGUGUUUAAGCCGGAACGAUUGUAAGUUAACGUUUUUAUUGGUUUAAUUUUUUUAAAAAUUUUAAAGUUUUAAUAUUUUUUUAUGUUACAGUAUGAGUUUUCGCCUUGGCUGCUUUCUCUCCCUAAUAGGGCUGAUCGUUUUCCAUCUCUUAACAAUAUCAUGGCCAUUCUUACCUGGCCAAGUCCAAACCUUCCAUCAAAACUUGACCGAGACAGAACAGAUCGGCUGUAAUAGUGACAAGUUUACUUGGUGUAGCACCUUGAAGCCAGUGAAUGUAGCUGUCUUCUUUGGAAGCUACAUUCUGAUUGUUGGUACUGCUUUUCCCAAUGUUAAUAUAUGUUUGAAUACCUUGUUUUCAAAGAUUAUUGGACCUAGAAGGCAGGGUACACAGCAAGGAUGGCUACAGGUUUCUGGAGCACUGGCUAGGAUGUUUGGGCCGGUGGUGGCAAGGUAAGGUUAAUAUAAGGUAGGAUAAGAUAUAUAUAUAUAAGUUUCCUUAUUGCUUACGGUAACAUGCAUUCAGUAGGUUAUGGUAGGGUAGGGUAGGGUAGGGUAGAGUAGGGUAGGGUAGGGUAAGGUAGGGUAGGGUAGGGUAGGGUAGGGUAGGGUAGGGUAGGGUAGGGUAGGGUAGGGUAGGGUAGGGUAGGGUAGGGUAGGGUAGGUUAGGGUAGGGUAGGGUAGGGUAGGGUAUAAACAUUUACAUAUACUGUACUUACAGUAACCUCUACUCAACAUACGGCCCUCAAUUCGCUUGGGGCUUUGUGAUAGCAGUAAUUGGUACUGUACUUAUCUCAUGGUUCAUAUUCUACCAACGUAUGGUACCAUUGCAACUUGACAAAGAUGAAAAGAAGGCAUUGGCUGAUCAUCCAUCAGAAGAAGUGACUAAAAGUGUACAAAGUAGCUCCAGUAGUAGUUAA